UGUUGGCGAUGACAUGAAAACAUUGUUGUUGCUGCUGCGGAGACUCACGGACAGACGAGCAGGAAGGACGGAAGGUUCGCGGGGCUUCCUUCAGGUCCGGGUUUAGUUAUUAUCAUUUUUUUAUUUUUUAGAAAAAAAGGUGGCAGUUUUUGUCUGUAAAGGAGCCGCGGGAGCAGCCAUGUCGGUGAAUAUGGAAGAACUGAGGCACCAAGUGAUGAUAAACCAGUUUGUUUUGACGGCUGGCUGCGCCGCGGAUCAGGCGAAGCAGCUCCUCCAGGCGGCCCACUGGCAGUUCGAGACGGCCUUGAGCUCCUUCUUCCAGGAGGCCAACGUCCCCGGGCAUCACCACCAGAUGAUGUGCACUCCCAGAAACACCCCCGCCACGCCACCCAACUUCCCCGAUGCCAUCACCAUGUUCUCCAAACUGCGGGCGUCCGAGUGUGGCUCCGGCAGCGGGCCCUCCCAGGUGUCCAUGGCGUGCUCUCCGCCGACUCACUCCUCCACGGCGGGAUUCGGCUCCUUCUGGGCGUCCUCGCCACCCAGCCACCAGCCGGCCUGGCUGCCCCCGUCGUCGCCCACGGGCCACCACAUGCACCACAAUCACUACCACCACAUGCAACAGACUCCCAUGUGGCCCCCCGUCUCCCAGCCCAACGGCUCCCAGCAGCCCCCUGUUGUAUCGGCGCUUCACGGACAGAGAUGAGGC